AUAGGGUUUACUAGGUUUUGCACGUGAAAACAAUAAUUGCGGGUUUUGGUUGUGUUCCAUGACAGUCGUUUAUAUUUGCUUUCGCUCACGCAUGUUCUUUUAAACCAUACCAACAACAAUAUUCCACCCUCAAAACAUGUCUAAUUUGACAUAUAUGCGUACAAACUUUCAAAUUUCAUUUUGCGUUUCUCUUUUUUUGUUGUGAAGAGUGUAUAUUCUUUCUGCAGCCAAGAUAGCAAAGCCUAGUCUUUCUGUCUGUGUGGAAACAUUACGAUUUCACAACAAUGUUCACGGUCCUCUUUGGUCUCCUCGCCCUGUCGUGUCUCCCCCUGUCGGUGCUCGGUGCCCCUGAAGAUGCUGACGCCCGUAUGUACAGAGUGGACAUCACCCUUCCACCGAAGGAAGGGAGGGACGAGAAGGCCGACAUACUGGAGAUAAAAACAACACUGGCGGGGCUUACUGACAUCAAGGUUCUGUUUUCAUUUAAGGAACUCGGGAACUCUGUGGUAAUUCUUGUUCUACGUGUUGACAAAGCGUGCAGCUGGCCACAGUUGACGAGCUUUCUGGCACGCAGGGGCUAUGAGGUCAAGGUGACCCCAGUGUAUUACUGCAGUGACUUCGCCCAGGAACUUGGUCUGAACAUGACCAGAGACUUUUAUGAUACGUCUCUGGAGGAUGACGAGGACUUAAUCAUCGGCAAACAGAUAUUUCCUGUCAAGGAUUUGACAACAACUCAGUAUGAUGAUAUGCUGAAAGAGAUGUUUGAGAGAGAAAUGAGCAUCUUGAACGGAGGUCAACGGUCGGCAUGUUUCAGAACUCUAGCAAGUCUUCCAGUUGAGCUGAUACACUUCGCUCCGGUUGGCCAAAAGAAAAUGGAGGCUAUAGCGGAAACUAUGAAUGCACCUGGUCACUUUGAUCUUGAAAUCCUUCGAAUCCAGAAACUCGACCAGUACACUGGAGGUUGCGAGUAGAAAGAUAUAACUUCCGAAUGCAGACAUGUAUGUUAAACUGAGAAAACAAAGAUUAAAUAUAAUAGUCAUCCAUCUGUUGUUCCACCAUAAAAGCAGAUGAAUUAAAGGAAUACACGUAUGUCAAGUAAAUAAUAUGUAGUCAUCU